ACCAAAUGAAAGAUACCCACUUUGACAUUUCCCAUUUUCCCCUUUGAUUCUCCUUCUCUUCCUUUUUCUUUCUUUUUUUUUUUUUUUCUGAUUUUGGGGUUCCUCUAUUUCCUGUGAAGCUUGAAUUUUUAGAACCAAAAAACUAUUACUAUAUUCUUUUGCAUAAACAAAUAAAUAAAAGAGACAGCUUUGGAGCAAAAGGGAAGAGAGAAAGAGAGUUUUUCUGCAAAGCAUCAUGAACCAGAAGGCUAAUGUUUCUAAAGAACUUAACGCUAAACACACAAAGAUAUUAGAUGGCCUUCUUAAGUUGCCUGAGAAUCGAGAAUGUGCAGACUGCAAAAGCAAGGCGCCACGGUGGGCUAGUGUUAAUCUUGGAAUAUUCAUUUGCAUGCAAUGUUCAGGGAUUCAUAGAAGUCUUGGAGUACACAUAUCAAAGGUGAGAUCAGCCACUUUAGAUACAUGGCUUCCGGAACAGGUUUCAUUUAUUCAAUCCAUGGGGAACGAGAAAUCGAAUAAUUACUGGGAAGCGGAGUUGCCUCCCAACAAUGACAGGGUUGGAAUCGAGAAUUUCAUUCGUGCAAAGUAUGUGGAAAAGAGAUGGAUUCCAAGGGGUCGAAAGGAAAAAUCAUCUCCAAGCGUAAAUGACAAGAAGGAAUCACCUCACAAACUAGAAGCUCUAAGUGGUGCAUAUAAGAACACGAAUAAUGUAAAUCCCGUUUCUACAGAGAAGAAAAUUAUUCACCAACCUGUUGCAAAUAACGGCAUUCCUACUCCUAAAAGUUCCUCUCAAAUGAACGUAAAUGUUCCUCAAAAGGUUAAACCCGAUAUAAAGCCAGAAGAACCUCGAUAUAAACCCAAACCAUCAGCCGUAACAGCUGAACCUGUAAAGCAGGAGGUUACUAAUACUCCAUCAGUCUCGAAGGCUGAAUCCAUAAAGCGAGAUGUUAAUACUACUGCACCAGUAAUAGCAUCAUCCAAAAUCGAUUACGCAACUGAACUGUUCAAUUUGCUCUCUAUGGGGGACUCGGGAGAAAAUGACUUCGGUUCAGCUCAUGAUAAUUCUUUGCAACCUACUGAAGCAAAGUCCACCAAGGAGGCAAGUGAUGUUAAACAAGAUACCAUAUUUGAAAAGUCAAGUACAGUGUCUCCAUUUUCCGUCCAUCAACAACUUACUACGCUUCCCAAACAACAAUCUAUCACGAGCACUGCUACAAAGCCCAACGGUAGAUCCCAAGCUUUUCCUAUCAACGCGCAUCAAUUCAUUUCCAAUGGCUUUCACUUUCCUUCUCCAAAUUCUGGAAGCGUUGGCCACCAAGUCCCUGGAAUGGUAAUGCCAGUCGCUAGUCAACAGAAUCAUUUACAGAUGGGAAACAACCAACAGAUGCACCCUGCAGGGAAUUCCAUUAAUUUUUCGACUUCCAGCUUCACCACCCGAGUGCCGGUAGUUCCAUCAUCAACCAUCAACAUGAAAAGCAUCGGAGGUAAGCCACUCCCAACACCUCCAGUUCCUAAAAUAACACCAUCUCAAUGGGGAAAACACUACGAUUUCUCAUCGUUAACACAAGGGAUGUUUACAAAACGGUAACUCGCCCGGCCGAAUGAUUGUUGAAGGGAAAGAGUACAUAUUCAUUUCUCAAAGAAACAAAUAAAUUAUAUUUUUUUUGUAUGUCAUUUUCCUCAGGUUUUUGCAAAUUAUUUUUUACUCAUUUAGAUAUAUAUUGAGAACUGAUUUUUCAUCAUUCAAUUUUAUUAUACAUUCAUAUAAUAAAUGUGGUGAUAAAGGUUGGUUCUUUUUA